AUGACUGCACAUGUGAGCCGUCCCCAGGACCCCACGAGGACACGCCUGCUCACACUGUGCCUCUCUCUCUGUGUGUGCAGCCCACCAGCCGCUACACAGCUGAGGCCCACCACCACCUCCACCACCACCACCUCCACCACCACCACAGCCGCUGCCGCCGCCACCACCACUGCCAGCACAACCCGCCAGACUCCUGCUGCUGCUGCACUGCCCACGACUCCUGCACCUGAUGACGCCCCUGUCUCUCGCUUGCGGAGCCUCUCUGCCGAGGAGAGGGCCAGGAGGCUGGUCCUGGCGGCUAAGCAGGGGGCAGUGGGGGAGCUGAGGGCGCUGAUCGCCGCAGGGGCCGACGUGGGGGCGAGGGGCGGGCAGGUGGAGUGGACCGCCCUGCACUGUGCAGCGUGCAGGGGAGACGUCGAGGCGGCGAGGCUGCUGGUGGGGGCGGGGGCGGCGGUGGACGCCAGGAGUGAUGAUGGGUGGACGCCGCUGCACUGGGCGGCAUUCAAUGGCUACGCAGAAGUGGCGGCUGCGCUGCUCGUCGCGGGGGCCGACAGGGGGGCCACAACUGGUGAUGGUUGGGGGACAGCGCUGGACAUCGCCAGGUGGCGCAACCACAGGCGGCUGGUGGAGAUGCUGUCAUGA